GGGCUGCUGCGGGCCGCCUUCUGGGCCUGUGGCCUCAAUGUCCUUCCCACGGUGUACCCUGCUGUGGGCUGGGCUCCCCGCGGGGCGCCAGGCUGCCUACCGGGCAGUCAUCCGCGAUUUCCUUCGCAUUCGCGCUGGGCCCUUUCCCGGGACUCUGGGGCGUGUUCCUGCCGUUGCCGCCGCCGCCUCUUCCUCCUCGUCCUCCUCGUCCUCCUCCUCCUCUGCCUCUGGAGGCUCCAAAGCCCCGAACACGUCCUUGUUCGUGCCGCUGACUGUGAAACCUCAGGGCCCCAGCGCCGAUGGCGACGUCGGGGCCGAACUAACUCGCCCUCUGGACAAGAAUGAAGUAAAGAAGAUCUUAGACAAGUUUUACAAGAGGAAAGAAAUUCAGAAACUGGGUGCUGAUUAUGGACUUGAUGCUCGUCUCUUCCACCAAGCUUUCAUAAGCUUUAGAAAUUACAUCAUGCAGUCUCAUUCUCUGGAUGUGGACAUUCACAUUAUUUUGAAUGAUAUAUGCUUUAAUGCAGCUCAUGUGGAUGAUUUAUUUCCAUUUUUCUUGAGACAUGCAAAACAGAUAUUUCCUGUAUUGGAAUGUAAGGAUGAUCUGCGUAAAAUCAGUGAUUUAAGAAUACCACCUAACUGGUACCCAGAAGCCAGAGCCUUUAAGCGGAAGAUAAUAUUCCAUUCGGGUCCCACCAACAGUGGAAAGACUUACCAUGCAAUCCAGAAAUACUUUUCAGCUAAAUCUGGAGUCUAUUGUGGCCCUUUAAAAUUAUUGGCACAUGAGAUCUUCGAAAAGAGUAAUGCUGCUGGUGUGCCAUGUGACUUGGUAACAGGUGAAGAGCGUGUGACAGUAGAGCCAAGUGGGAAACAGGCUGCCCAUGUUGCUUGUACCGUUGAGAUGUGCAGUGUUACAACUCCUUAUGAAGUGGCUGUGAUUGAUGAAAUUCAAAUGAUUAAAGAUCCAGCUAGAGGAUGGGCCUGGACCAGAGCACUUCUAGGACUCUGUGCUGAAGAAGUUCAUUUGUGUGGAGAAUCUGCUGCUAUAGAUCUGGUUACUGAACUUAUGUACACGACUGGGGAAGAAGUGGAGGUUCAAAACUAUAAGAGACUUACUCCCAUAUCUGUGCUGGAUAAUGCACUAGAAUCACUAGACAACCUCCGGCCUGGGGACUGCAUUGUCUGUUUUAGCAAGAAUGAUAUUUAUUCUGUGAGUCGGCAGAUUGAAAUCCGGGGAUUGGAAUCAGCUGUUAUAUAUGGCAGUCUCCCACCUGGGACCAAACUUGCCCAAGCAAAAAAGUUUAAUGAUCCAGAUGAUCCAUGCAAAAUCCUGGUUGCUACAGAUGCAAUUGGCAUGGGACUUAAUUUGAGCAUAAGAAGAAUUAUUUUUUACUCACUUAUAAAGCCUACCCUUAAUGAAAAGGGAGAGAAAGAAAUUGAACCAAUCACUACUUCUCAAGCUUUACAGAUUGCGGGCAGAGCUGGUAGAUUCAGUUCAAAAUUUAAAGAGGGAGAAGUUACCACAAUGAAUCGAGAAGACCUCAAAUUAUUAAAGGAAAUUUUGAGUAGGCCUGUGGAUCCCAUAAGGGCUGCUGGUCUUCACCCAACUGCUGAACAAAUUGAAAUGUUUGCCUAUCAUCUCCCUGAUACAACACUUUCUAAUCUUAUUGAUAUUUUUGUAGACUUUUCACAAGUUGAUGGGCAGUAUUUUGUCUGCAAUAUGGAUGAUUUUAAAUUUUCUGCAGAGUUGAUCCAGCAUAUUCCAUUAAGUCUGAGAGUGAGGUAUGUUUUCUGCACAGCACCUAUCAACAAGAAGCAGCCUUUUGUCUGCUCUUCAUUGUUACAGUUUGCCAGGCAGUUCAGCAGAAAUGAGCCCCUGACCUUUGCAUGGUUACGCCGAUAUAUUAAGUGGCCAUUACUUCCACCUAAGAAUAUUAAAGAUCUCAUCGAUCUUGAAGCUAUCCAUGAUGUCUUGGAUCUUUACUUGUGGUUAAGCUACCGGUUUAUAGAUAUGUUUCCAGAUGCCAGCCUUAUUCGAGACCUCCAGAAAGAGCUAGAUGGCAUUAUCCAGGAAGGUGUACACAACAUCACCAAACUGAUUAAAAUUUCAGAGUCACGUAAGAUGUUGCAUUUGGAGAACUUGUCAGCAGAGAACCAGUCACGUUUGUCAGGAACAUUAAGGGGCCAAGCUAGAAGGAUACGUGGCACCAAAAUGUUGGGGAAUAAAGUUGCUGAGCCACCCCACCCAGAUGCAAGAGAGAAAACCCUUGCUUCCAGAUUGGUACAGCAAGGACUCCUCACAGCAGACAUGCUGAGACAGCUAGAAAAAGAGUGGAUGACACAACGAACUGAGCAUGGCAAAGAAAGAACAGAAUCUCAGACUUACUUAAAAGGAGCCAGAAGAAAGAAGAAGGAACCAGAUUCAGAUUAGUUUUGUUUUUAUUUUUGCAAAUAAACAUCUGUUUUAAAAAAUCUCUUUUUCUCAUAUGCAUUUAUUGUCUGCUGUAGUAGUGUUGUGGCUAUCUUUUACUGAUUUUCUUUACCCCAGAAAAAUUAACUCUUAA